AUGGGUGACAUCUUUAGCCCCCCCGUUUCCAAUAGUAAUACAAAAAAACCUAAAAUUUACUCAUCUUUUUAUAUUUAUGUUAUCGUUCCAGUUCAAUCAUUCUUCCGUUCUCAUAUAGUCCGGCCAUCAAAAGAAUACUCUUUAAUAUUUACUUCUGUCAUAUUAAUUCUUUUGUCUAUUUUACUUCUUAUUAUCCUUUUGCUUGGUAGUUCUAAAACUAUUUAUUUGUCAAAAUUUACUUUUGAAGCACCGAUAAAAUUAAUUACAAAAAAAAAUGAUAUAACUUUCAGUUUAUACGGUUAUUGUUUAGAUAAUUCAUGCACUACACCUUCACUGGUUAAUAAUUUUGAUAAAUUGCCAUCUUCUUCAGAAAUCACUGGUAAAUACUUAAACAAAAAACGUCUCGAUAUUCCAAUUUUGUCAAUCCCAACUCCUUCAAUUCCUGGUGUAGAACCAGCUGUUUCGGCCAUUAGUAGUGCUGUCAUCAAUGCUGCAAAUACUGCUGCAAAUACCGCUACAAAUACAGCCGGGGAAAUUGCUGCAGUAGCCCCGGGUUUAUUAUCUAAAUUAUUAAGUGCUUUCGAUAAUUUUAAACCAAGGAGUUCUACCGUUAAUUUUUCGAGGUUUUUCUCAAUUCCAUAUUUAAUAGCUUUAAUAUUUAAUGUAAUCUCUCUACCUUUAUUAUAUUUUCAUUUUACAAUUAUUGCUGGUUUACUCAUAUUAACUUCUUUCUUACUUAAUAUCAUUGCUUGUUUUUUUGAUCUCUUACUGUUUGUUUGGGUAUUUGAUCUUAUUUCCAUUAUUCCUGGUAUUGGAAGUCAAAUUACUAGUCCUGACAUUUAUUUAGCUACUAUGAGUGCUUCUUUCUUAACCGUUGCUGCUAUAUUAUUAUGUAUUGAUUUAUGCAAUACUGUCAGGAUCACUAGUAAAUCUUAA